UUUGCACCUGAUCGAUAACUUCCUUCAAACGAGGAGAUCCAUCCAUCAGUUUCCCGCAGACCCCAGCGGAUCAGAGCGCAGCAGCUCUGCUCGCCGAGCGGAUGCAGGACCAUGGAGGAGAGAGACAGGUCGCCAGCAGUCUGUCCCACAGCGUCAAGGCGAGCCUGUCUCUUUCUCCAUCUGGGCCGGGACGGGUGGGCAGCGGUGGGGGCUCCCCUACGUCUAAGAUGGGCUACUGCGGAGGGGUGCCUGUGGAGGACAUGCAGGCCCUGGCCAUCACUUCUCUGUCGGCAGCAGACGUAGCCAAGCAAUAUGAGCACAUCCGUGAGCUGGGGAAGGGCACGUACGGCAAGGUGGACCUGGUGGCACAUCGGACGCAGGGCAACAAAAUGGCGCUGAAGUUUGUUACCAAGAACAAGACGAAGCUCAAGAGUUUCCUGAGGGAGUACAGUCUAACAGGCUCACUUAGCUGCAGCCCUUUCAUUAUCAAAGUCCUGGACGUGCUUUUUGAGACGGAGGACAGCUAUGUGUUUGGACAAGAAUAUGCCCCCGCUGGGGACCUUUUCGACAUCAUCCCCCCACAGGUGGGUUUGCCAGAGGAAAUGGUCAAACGCUGCAUGCAACAACUGGGCUUGGCCUUGGACUUUAUGCACAGUAAAAACCUGGUGCAUCGGGAUGUCAAACCUGAGAAUGUGCUCCUAUUUGACCGUGAGUGCCGCCGCAUCAAGCUGGCCGACUUUGGUAUGACCCGACGCGUGGGCUGCCGUGUGAAACGGGUGAGUGGCACCAUCCCUUAUACAGCGCCAGAGGUGUGCCGCGCUAGCCGUGCUGAGGGUUUCCUUGUGACCACCAGUCUAGAUGUGUGGGCGUUCGGCGUGCUGGUCUUCUGUAUGCUGACAGGCAAUUUCCCCUGGGAGGCAGCGCUGCCGGCCGACGCGUUCUACGAGGAGUUUCGGCGCUGGCAGAAAGCAGGGUGUCCUGUGGGAACGUACCCAUCUCAGUGGCGCCGCUUCACUGAUGAUGCCUUGCGCAUGUUUCAGAGGCUGCUCGCCGUUGAGCCGGAAAAACGCUGUGGUGUCAAGGACGUCUUCUGCUUUGUCAAGUACGAGCUGGUCAGCGAGCUAAGGCGCAGAGCAUCCUGCCGAGCCAAGAGAGGUGAGAGGUCAAGCUCUGGAGUGUGCACUGGCAGUUGCACUUCCUCCUCGUCCUCCACUUCAUCACGUUCCUCCCAUAGACACCCUGAGCCCUCCACCCCUCCAGGAACAUCCUGCCUGCGCCCGGCACCGCUCAAACGUAGUGUCCUCUCCGACCCGUUAUCUCCCAGAGAGGAGUCCGGACAGCAUCAGUCUCCCGGCCGAGACAAGAACAAAAGCCAGAUGGUAAUGGCAACUGCCAUUGAAAUCUGUGUGUGACCACACUAAUGUUAGCAGUGGAGACUAGAUGGCUUUUCACAGUAAUAACAAGCUGUGAAGAGGUGUUAAUGACUACCACAGAGACUCCAGUGAAAAAGGAGAGGUACUUUAACCAUGAAAGAGAAGCUCAGGAUCACAUCCCUGGCUGUGGAAAUGGUCAUCAUCAAUCAGCGGUACAUACUUGGACAGUUUAUCACUGGCACAUGCCGUUUAGGUUUUGAUUUGUGACCAAAGACUGCUUCCCAAGCUGAGAAGCAUGCAGGCAGUGUUUAAGAGUCCGCUGAUGUUGCUCAUCUCAGCAGCUCAUUCUGUCAUCCAGAUAUUUGUGUUUUCUGCCCAUUCACUGUGGUGGUGCUAACGAUUAUAUAAUUAGAUACUCCAUAAAAACUGAUUCUGUCUUUUCUCACUCAUCACCCCAUGUCUCUUGACUUGUGUUUAUGUUAUGUCUCUUUACUAGUGUUUAUUUAUCUCAGAAUAUAAGCUCCGGGGAGGCCGGUGAUCUGAGGGCAAUCUACUCAAACUACAUUCGACUGCCAUUUCUCAGACUUUGUGCCAACUUCCAAUGCAUAAAAUUUGUCAUAGACUUUUUCAAGAGAAAAUGUUAUAAAGAGAAAAAGAAAAAAAACCUUAAUGUAGCAGUUUGAGAUGUCUUUUCAUGUAAGUGUUUAGACUUAGAGACAUAUUCUCAGUGAUAGGCAUCACCUCAGGACACUUAAUUGGGUCACUUCCUGUUUGAUUAUUAAUGGAAAUCCAUUGACUGGCUGGAAGACACAUCUGCUACUUUUGAACUGCUAUCAAUGAGAUUAAUUUCCAAUGUACCACAAUAGAAUACAGGGAUUGUACAAACUCUGAGUGAAAAGGGUGGUGAACAAUGAAGAGGACAAGAAAUGUCUUUUUAUUGUUUCUUUUCUACCUGCUGUGUGUGUUUGGAUGUGUAUGUGUGUGUGUGUGUGUUUCAAAUGCUAAAGCACAAGAUUUUUGUAAAGGAGGAGAACUCUUAGUAGAAACUACGACUCUAUAUUGUAAAUAAUUUGAUAUUUCUAGGAGUGCUCUGUAAUAUCAGGUAGUUCAACUAUGUAGCGGUACUAAUUUUCUACGACAGGGAAAGGGGUUUUAGGGUUUUACGGUUACUGUGGGGGCAAUGCACUGUAUGUAGCAACAAAAUAUGACAGAAUGUACAGUAUAUAACAAAUUAAAUAUAUAGAAAUAUGAUCUAGAGCCUAUCACAAGUAUAACAUGGUAGCAGCUGCUCUUCUCUUUUUUCUUUUAUUGUUUUGGGUUUUAUCUGAACUGGACCUAGGUAUGACACACAAAUUGUUGAAUAGACAUCACUCAUUUCUGCAUUUUCCUGUCACCAUAACCUUAUCAUGAGCAACAUCCAUUUCCUGUCUAAAAUCAUCUGCUUCCCGGUUGUCAAUGAGUACAGCCCAUUCUGUCUUCAUUCAAUCAGUGAAAGCCACUGAGGGCUUCUUUGCAGGUUGACACCUUACAAAUUUAUUUCCCAGCAUCACAAAAGGUGUUCCAAUAUUUGAUUAACACGAUGCAAAAUUAGCACAGAAUAUGUUGUUGCACCCCCUACGCUCACCUUUAGUUUAAUCUUCCUGCCUGGAAAUUCAUCCAAAUGUAUCACUCAAAUAGCAGAGCCCAGGUGUUUAUUGUCUGGAGGGAUGACCUCUGUGUCAGCCACUGAUGUUCUGUGAGCUGAUGAUUGAUCCUGAACAGCGCACAGCUACGGCUUCCGAAGACUUACUGCUAAUUAUGAAAGCUCUGUACAUUCAGUGUGAAUGCUUCAAUGUGUGCUCAUUUCCAUUAUUUUUCUUGCUUGAAUUGUGUUAGUUAUGUCAGUCAGGUGUGUGCGUGUCUAUGUAUGUGUGUGUGUGUGUGUGUGUGUGUGUGUGUGUGUGUGUGUGUGAAUGUGCUUGUCUUCACUCUCCUUAUUUCCCCACUCCUCCUAUGACAGCCCAUCAGCUCUGUCGCUAUAGUGACAGUGCCUCCUCUGGUUCUGCUUCUGUCCUCUUCUUGAAAAUCAAUUCUAAUUGAGCCCAAUGAAACAACUGGUCACCAACCCCCCUCCCAGUCACCCAAGGCUCGUCAUGACAGUUGCUUAGCUUAUUAUACUGGAUGACACAUUUCUGCAGAUGCACAUUUUGCUGUAUUUUAUGAGCUAGUUCACCAAGUCUUUAUCAAGUCUCAUCAGGCAUAAUCGAAGCUGUUGAUGAUCCCUAUCAUUUUCCCUGUCUCUUUCCAUCCUUACUCUCGAUUUUGCAAAGGUGACCUGAUUGAGGCUGAAGACUUAUCAAGGGGAUGUAUUUUAUGCUGCGAUGGUGGCUGCCUCAUAGGAUCUGUCAAAAGGUAAUCUGUCAGUAGAUUGUAGUGGAAUGUAAAUUAGCCCUGCCCUACAUCUGCCUGUGUGAUAAUGUAGGAUCUACAUAGACAAGGAUCAGAUGGACAGUGUAGUCACAACAUAAGGCAAUAUAAAGUAAUGCAACUCAAAGUAACACAACUCAAAAUAACUUAAUGCAACAUAAUGUAACAUAACGUAACAUUACAUUAUGUAAUGCAUUGUAACAUGACACAUCAUAACGUGACAUACUGUAACGUGACUCAACGUAACAUGAUGCAACGUAACAUGAUGCAAGGUUACGUGACACAACAUCACAUAACUUAUACAUGUAUACAUGUAGCCCCCAACCUGACAAGUGACACAGUGUUCUGAUGUGAGCAGCUGUGGCUUUGUUAAACAUCAUAGCCAUUAGUAUCAUUAGACUGUUGUUGCAAUGUUUUUCAUUGACUGUUAUAACAGGAAUUGUUAAGUUUAAUGAUGAGGUGUCAAAUUAUAUCAAGUUUUAUCGAAGCUCUAGAGAGUAGCCUUCCGUUAACCCAGUUUAUCCUGAUCCAAUAAUUAAACUGUUUUCUGUCAGCAAGUGUUGUUGUAGAAUCAAAUGUAAAUACUGUAUGUAUUGUGUCUUUAACAAAACAAAAAAAAGAAUAAACAAAAUGUUAAUAUAUGUUGAAAUAAAUUUAUUGCACCACA